CAUCCAGGAAGCAAUGCAGCUGUUCCAAUGAACAUUCCAGACUUGAUGAUGUCAUAUUGAGAUGGUCCUAUCGGGAUGCCUGGAAAAAGCUGCUGGAGUCAAGGAGAUAUGAUGUGAGGGAUGAUUUCACUGUUGUUCUUCAGCCCUUCCUGCAAGACAUAAAUCUGCCAUUUAGAACAGGCAAACAAGUUAUGGGCAGUUCCAUAUCCAAGAUGCAGGUGGAACUCACUGAAGGGGAACAUGCUGCCUUGGGUGUGAUCCUCUGGAACAACAUGAUGGAACCAGUUGGGCAAAAGGAACCUGAUCAGUUCACAGAAAUGCUUCAAGCACGGUGCCCAUCUCAGGAGCAUCCCUAUUUUUUCACGUACAAGAAUAGUAACUACUUGUCUUUUCCUGUGACCUCACAUACUGAAGUAUUGUCUCAGGAAAGAAGCUAUGGGACAAGCAUUCCCUGUCCAGACCACAGACCCUCUAAUUCAGUUCCUGUUUCAGUUCACAAUUUGAGGCCUGCAGACAUUAAGGUGAUUGCCGCCCUGGGAGAUUCACUCACAGCAGGUAGUGGGGCAGCAGCCAAACCCAAUGAUGUUCUAGAUGUUCUUACUCAGUACCGAGGUCUUUCUUGGAGUAUUGGAGGAAAUGAAAACAUAAGCACAGUCACCACUCUAUCAAAUAUUCUUCGUGAAUUCAAUCCUUCCCUUCAAGGGUACUCCACUGGCUCUGGUGGGCCGAAUACACCGAAUGCAUUCCUCAACCAGGCUGUGAUAGGAGAUCGUGCAGAGGAUGUCCCUGCACAGGUUCGGAAACUAGUGGACCUGAUGAAGAAUGAUGUGAGAAUAAAUUUCCAGGGAGACUGGAAGCUCGUAACACUUUUUAUAGGAGGAAAUGACCUGUGCAAAUUCUGCAAUGAUCCUAUAACUUUUUCUCCUGAGAACUUUACCAGAAACAUACAAACAGCUUUGGAUAUGCUUCAUAAAGAGGUACCUCGGACAUUUGUGAAUCUGGUGACAGUGCUUCGCAUAAUAACCCUACGCGAGCUGUAUCAGGAGGCGAGCAUUAAUUGUCCAAGGGCGCUCAUGAGGAGUCUGUGUCCUUGUCUAUUGAAGUAUGAUGCCAAUUCCACUGAAACUGAGAUGCUAAAGUCCUUUAAUAGAAGAUAUCAGGAGGGAACCCACCAACUAGUUGAAAGUGGAAGGUAUGACACAAAGGAAGACUUCACAGUGGUUGUGCAGCCAUUUCUGGAAAAAGUGUCAAUGCCCAAGACCAAGGAAGGAUUGCCUGAUGCCUCAUUUUUUGCCCCAGACUGUUUCCACUUCCACCAAAAGGCUCAUUCUCAGGCUGCCCGUGCCCUGUGGAACAACAUGCUAGAAUCCCAUGGAGAGAAGACGGAUGCACAGGCUCUUGAAGAAGUGAUAACCCUCAAAUGUCCAAGCCAGGCUCAGCCAUUUCUGAAGACCUACAAGAACAGUAAUAUUACAUACUCCAAUGAAACGACACCACCACUGCCUUCAGCUGCUCCCCCAGGGCAGAGACCAGAUGAGAAUCAUGGAAGCCAGCUGCUAUGUGAGGGCCAGGCUCCUUCCAUCUCGUAUCCCACUUCAGUGCAUGCCUUGAAACCAGCUGAUGUGCGAGUGAUAGCAGCCCUUGGGGAUUCUUUGACUGCUGGUAAUGGAAUUGCCUCUGGACCAAACAACCUCUCCGAUGUGGAUACAGAAUAUCGGGGGCUGUCCUGGAGUGUUGGAGGGGAUGCCUCAUUAGGAAGUGUGACAACUCUGCCGAAUAUCUUUCGUGAGUUCAAUGUUAACCUCACGGGUUACUCGACUGGCAUUGGGAAUGCAAGUGAGCCAAACGCCUUUCUCAAUCAGGCCAUUCCUGGAGCAGAGGCUAAGGGAUUACCAAACCAAGCAAGAACUCUGGUGAGACUAAUGAAAAAUGAUCCGAGAAUUAACUUUAAUGUCGACUGGAAGAUCAUCACUGUGUUAAUUGGAGCCAAUGAUCUGUGCAACUAUUGCAAAGACCCUAAUCACUAUUCAGCUGUAAAUUUCACUAGGCACAUUCAAGAAGCCCUUGACAUUUUGCAUGCAGAGGUUCCCAGAGCCUUUGUGAAUCUGGUUGAAGUAAUGGACCUCAUCCCUUUGAGGCAGAUGUUUCAGGAUAGCCAAGGACAGUGCCCCACACAUCUAGAAGACAAUCUGUGUGGCUGUGUUCUCCCAGUGAAGGAAGGCUCACAGCAACUGGUGAUGGUGACAGAAGCUACAAGAGCCUACAAGGAAAGUGUUCAGGUGUUAACAGAGUCUGGCAAGUAUGAUACCCAUGAGAAUUUCACUGUGGUGGUGCAGCCUUUCUUUCGAAAUACCAAGAUUCCUCUUCUUCAGGAUGGACGUUCAGAUCUCUCCUACUUUGCACCUGACUGCUUCCAUCUGAAUCAGAAAUCCCACUCUCAGCUCUCCCGGGUACUCUGGAACACCAUGCUUCAGCCUAUAGGAGAGAAAAUGGAAUCCAUUGACUUUACAGCUAAUAUUGCCCUGAGCUGUCCAACUGCACAUAAGCCCUUCCUGGGAACAUACAGGAACAAAAACUCCAGUAAUGGGUCAAUUCAGAAUUGGGGCAGUGACCUGCUGUGUCCUGAACAGAAAGUAUCUAAAAGUGUCCCAACAUCAGUUCAUGAACUACGGCCAGUUGACAUCAAAGUCAUAGCAGCACUGGGAGAUUCCCUGACAACUGCUGUAGGAGCGCAAGCAACCAGCUGGAAUGACUUGGACACAGCCUGGAGAGGACUUUCCUGGAGCAUUGGAGGUGAUGGAACCCUGGAAACUCAUACAACGUUACCUAAUAUUUUGAAGAAGUUUAAUCCAAAUAUUUUUGGCUUCUCUACUGGCACCAAGAAGGAAAUGGCUGGGUUCAACGUAGCUGCAGCUGGAGCCAAAGCACUCAAUAUGUCAACCCAGGCCCGUACACUGGUGGAGCUAAUGAGAAACAGUUUGAAAAUGAACUUCAAGUUGGACUGGAAACUGAUCACAAUCUUCAUUGGAGGCAAUGACCUGUGCCAGUACUGCUUGGACCCGGAGACCUAUUCAGUAGAAAAGUAUGUCAAACACCUCCAGGACACUCUGGACAUUCUUUACAAGGAGCUCCCUCGAGCCUUUGUCAACUUGGUGGAGAUAAUGGAGAUCUCAGGUCUGCGUCAGAUAGAAAGAGAUGCCUCAGGUGUGCCCGAAGGGAGGAGUGUUUGUCCAUGUGUCUUAAACCCCCAGGAAAAUUCUCCUGAGUUACAAGAAAUGAGAAGAAUUAACAGAGAUUUUCAGUUGAAAAGCAUGCUGAUGGUCAACAGUGGCCGUUACGAACAGCGGGAAGAUUUCACUGUAGCGGUGCAACCGUUUUUCCGAAAUACCAUGAUGCCAUUAAACAAUGCUAGGAAGCCAGAUCUGAGUUUCUUUGCUGUGGAUUGCUUCCAUUUUGCUGAGAGAGGCUAUGCUGAGAUGGCCAUGGCUCUCUGGAAUAACAUGCUGGAGCCAGUUGGUAGAAAACAGAGCUAUAAUAACUUUACUUACAACAGAAUGAAACUCAAGUGUCCAAGUUUGGAGAAUCCCUUUCUUUAUACAUCAAGAAACAGUGGAUUGCAAAAUACAGUUCCCAGCCCAAAGGAAAUAGCAGUGCCUUACUGGGCGGUUAUAGUGGCGGCAGCAGCUGGAGUCCUGGCUGGUUCCCUGCUUGUUUGGGCUGUAUUGGUAAGAAGAUCCAGAAAGCAGCAGAAGAAGAGACAGAUUGCAACAGAAAUGAAAUCAACAUUUCUAUAAACCAGACUCUCUCAGGGAACUUAUAUCUGCCUCUGCUGGAAUUGGGGUGAUGGGAAAGAGCUCUUUUUGAUACUCAACUGUUUCAUCAUCUAAAUGGAUUGGCCAGUGAAUUGGAACUAGAUCAUCUCGACUGUACAUGAUAGUAGAGCAUUCGCUAACCUGGCAGUGUCUUCUGCACGUAGCCAUGCCUAGAAAGGAAUCAAAAGUAUACAUCAAGGCUUCUUCCUUCUAGGUGUACUAAUCAUCUAUGGGAUGAAAAUUACCCUACAUAUCAAGUCCUAACAUGAAGUGAGAAAACUAUUCAUGCCUUAUCCAGUGCAGGCUCAACUGUUUUCUAUUGCAUGUUUAUAUGGAAUAAAAUGAUAUAUCACAAUUAUGAAGUUUUAGCUAUUCUCCAGUAAGUGGCACAAAAAAAGGAACAGGUAUCUAGGUUGUAGCCAUAUUGGUCUAGAGGAAAAAGCAAUCAGUGUUCAUAGUAGAGUUGAUAUCUUUUAUUAGACCAACAAGAUUUUUGCAGAAAAAAUUCUUUAAUUGCAAGCUUUCUGGCACAAACACCCUUUAUCAGGUGUUGGAGAAAAGACUGUAAAUGUUCUCCUGGGUAGAAAUGAAAGUUCAUAUUUCAUAGGAUUUCACAGAGGAGUCAGUAGAUGGAAAACUCCUCUGGGAACAGGACUUUAUUUGUUGGAUCCAAGUAAAAGCUGUAAGCUUUGAGAUACUAAGUCUCAAUAUAAAGAAAAAAAAAAAGCUUUAUUCAAUAUUUCCAAUCUGGCUGGAGGCCUAAAGAGAACUGACUGAACCCUUCUUAAAGGACUUGCCACAUCUUAUGCAAAUUUCAUGUCUUCCUGGUCUGCUCUUUCCAUAAGUUGUUUCAAAAUUCUGAUCAAGAACUUGGAAUGUGAAGAUCACCUUUUUCUUUGUCUGCACUUUCCUGACAUUUGGGAGAGGCUUGAUGCAGGCUGUAAUUUCCUGUAUUAACUGUUUUAAUUAUGAUAUGUUAAUUCUGUUGAAACUGAAGAGAAUUUUAACUUGCUACGGGUUUGUGGGGUGUGCUGUGCUCACAUUCCAAGAAUCAUGAAUAAUAGGGAGGAACUAGAUAUGAAAUGGAUCUUGAGCAAGGGCUGUGCUGCCUGGGUUCCUAAACCUGCUCAGCAUUCACCCAAAAAAUAUAUUUUCAAGCACACCGAAACUCCUUUGUUUUUCCCUUUCAGUAUCCAUGGCGCCUUUGUACACACCACAAAAUUGGCGUUUAAAGCAGCUUUAAUGUCCUUUUGCACCACUUUAACGGAAUUGAUGUUUGCAUGCUCAGCAGCAUAUUCUGCUUUAAAUGACUUUAGUACAUAGCAAGAUAAAACACCUCCGAGGUGUUUUAGUUUGCUACCUAACAAAGUGCAACAGUGCACAAGGCGCUGGAAGCUGACAUGCUCAGGGCUUGGUGGGCCCUGUGAAGCUCAAGGGUUGUGGGACCCAGCAGUAACCCAUGCAGGCAGGCUCCACUGAAGGAAAAAAAAAGCGGUGAGCCUGAUCCCUUUUUUUUCACCCCAGAGCCUUUCUGCUUGCUUGAGGU